AAUCAAUUGAGUAGUGGCUCGUUCGUUCCGAUAGCGCCAAUACCGGCUCACACGGCCAAUUUUACGACCGGGAAGUUUGCAUUACUCAUUAAAGGCGUAAAUCGUGAUAAUCCGCAUAUGUGCGUGUCCAGACGCGACGGAGCGUCAGUGGUCUCCCCGACACCCGCGCGUGGUGAUAUUGCGGCUCAAUAUGUUGAUCAAUAAGGAACAAUGAAUCUGCGGAACAUUUGCCACUUGACUUGAUCGUGUCCCUACGCCCUCCAAUAGUGUUUGUGUUGUGAAUUAGAACGGAUAUGUCCGCCUUGCCAUUCAACUUUCCACCGGAAAGUUAUUCCGCUGUUUACAACGAGGCUAGUGCUAAUGUAGUGAAUGGCAAAAAUGCGAGUUGUGAAAUUGAGGCGUUACCUGUUUCCAGCCCAAGUUCACCCUCAACAUCACUUUUCAGCUGCUUCCAUUGUGCUUUUCAGAAUGGCAUGAAAGUUAUCAAAAAAGACAAACAUGCUUCAAAGAAGGUUGCAUCAGGUAAAGAUGAAGAACGCUGGCGUGGGAAAGAGGAAGGUGCUCUGUUCAAACGAUGGAGACGCCACGCCUCUCCGGAAACUUCUCCUGUAGCGCCUGCUCCUACAUCACCAGCUCAACCUUCGGAUUUGUUGAAAUUUUUGGCUAUUAAUGCACUAGAGUUGUCGGCACCGGCCUCGGACGCCCUACUCAAGACUCGUUCUUCGGAGUGGUUCCAACUUUCCGGUCACCCGGGUUCUUUAGCACCCGCCGGACCUGGCACCGUUUGGAAACGCCGCUCUCCUGGCGACCACCCCUCACAUAACCCUGAACGUGACGCGUACGUUGCCCUCGCGUCCUGUCCCCACAUGCGGUCUGCCAUCCCACGUUACUACAGAGAACUGGAAUACGGUGGUGAACAUUUCAUUGAGCUUCAAGACUUAUUGCAUGGCUUCCGUGACCCUCACGUUAUGGACGUCAAAAUGGGAACCCGGACUUUCCUCGAAGACGAAGUCAGCAACGCUCGAGCUAGAACCGACCUGUAUGAGAAGAUGGUCCGCCUCGAUCCCAAUGCUCCGACUGAAGCAGAGCAUACUGUGCGUGCCGUAACCAAACUAAGAUACAUGCAGUUCAGGGAACAAUGCUCUUCAUCGGCUGAGCAGGGAUUUCGAAUUGAAGCUGUCAAACUACCAGGACAGCCUCCUUUGACUGAUUUGCAGAAAGUUAAAGAGCCAGGACAUCUGAGAGCUACGGUUGCCAAGUUCUUCGCUGGCAAUGAACGCGCGCGCCGCUCUAUUGCUGCCCGUCUCCGCGAAAUAAGGGAACUUUUCGAAAACUCCGAGUUCUUCCGGACGCAUGAGAUCGUCGGCAGUAGUAUAUUUAUAAUCUACGAUGAUGAGCGUGUCGGGGCGUGGUUAAUCGACUUCGCUAAGACCCGACGUCUUCCUGAGGGUUUGAGCGUAACGCAUCGCGAACCCUGGGAACAAGGAAGCCACGAGGAGGGCUUCCUGUACGGACUGGAUAGACUGAUAGAGACUAUAGAAACGGCUAAAUUACCUGAAGUAUCUCGUUGAGCGACUGAUGAGUAGACCUGGAAGGAAAAGGUCUGAAGGUCUCGUCUGCGGUCAAAUCGAAGCCUGAGCCGCGUUCGCCCAGUGCUUGUUCCUGCGCCCACCGAGGGUGUACGCACGGGGAUGCACAGAAUUAUUGUUUUCAAUGCGAAGCCAGUUUCGCUUAAUGAUCUAGUCCUAAUGAUUAAUUGAUAAUUAUAAUUUGAUGAUUUUU